GUCCUAUGUUAUCAUUCCCACAUUACAAACCCGUUGGGGCUUACUUUUCCAAUAACUUGUAUGAGUGUAUGGAAAAAUAUUAUCGUCAUAGUUGGGCUGUUCCUGGUAAAGAAUCUUAAUUUUAACCUCGCCGUCCUCAAAAAAAUUAUGGUCACUAGAAAAUUUGAGAUUUGCUUAAUGACCAUGAGUAUUAAGAACAGGUGCUUAUGCACCAGCGUGAUUAUUUGCUAAUUCUUUCUUUUAUGUCUCUUUAAUGCAGACUCUGCAAGGCGUUGACAAGUCAGACGCAAUGCAUGACCAUUCUCUAGCAUUGCUUGCAGAAGAGACCAAAAAACUUCUGAAGAAAGAAUCAAGUUUGUUCUCACCAAUUUUAUCUCAGAGGCAUCCUCAAUCCAUUGUUAUCUCGGCCUCACUUCUUCACAGGCUUUACGGGAUAAAGUUGAAACCGUUUCUUGAUGGUGCUGAGCAUCUGACCGAGGAUGUUGUGUCUGUGUUCCCUGCCGCUGAUAGUCUCGAGCAUUACAUAAUGUCACUAAUUUCUUCAACAAGUGGAGAUGGGACUGCAGAAGUUAACUUGAGGAAACUGAACUCAUACCAGGUUGAAUCAGUGUCUGGAACGCUGGUGAUGAGAUGGGUCAAUUCACAACUUGGGCGACUUUUAGGAUGGGUUGAUCGCGCCUUGCAACAAGAGCGAUGGGAGCCAAUAUCCCCCCAGCAACGCCAUGCGCCUUCAAUUGUUGAAGUAUACAGGAUUGUGGAAGAGACAGUUGAUCAAUUCUUUGCUCUCAAAGUACCAAUGAGGUCUUCUGAGCUGAAUAGCCUGUUUCGAGGAGUGGACAAUGCCUUUCAAGUUUUUGCGAAACAUGUGAAAGAUAAGUUGGAGAACAAGGAAGAUUUGAUCCCACCAGUUCCUGUUCUUACGCGAUACAAGAAGGAAGCCGGAAUAAAGGCUUUCGUCAAGAAGGAGCUAUUCGAAUCUAAGUUGCCUGAAGAGACGACAAAAUCACGUGUCGUCGAUGUCCAGGCUACUCCUAUCUUAUGUGUUCAGCUAAAUACUUUAUUUUAUGCAAUCAGCCAGCUGAAUAAAUUGGAGGAUAGCAUUUGGGAGCAAUGGACUGCCAAGAAGCCUCGUGAACAAUUUAUCAAGAAAUCUUUAGAGGAGAGGUCCCCAAGUUUAAAGCAGAAGGGUUCAUUUGAUGGGAGUAGGAAAGAUAUCAAUGCUGCGAUUGAUCGCAUAUGCGAGUUUACUGGUACUAAAAUCAUCUUCUGGGACUUGAGGGAGCCCUUCAUUGAGAACUUAUAUAAACCAUCGGUUUCCCAGAAUAGGCUGGAAGAUCUUAUUGAACCCCUUGAUUUAGAACUAAGCCAAUUGUGCAGUGUAAUUUCGGACCAACUCAGGGAUCGUAUAGUAACAAGCCUCUUACAAGCUUCACUGGAUGGCUUGGUCCGGGUUCUUUUAGAUGGUGGGUCAUCUCGAGUUUUCUACCACACUGAUGCAAAAAUUCUGGAAGAAGAUUUGGAUGUCUUAAAGGAAUUCUUCAUUUCUGGUGGAGACGGGCUGCCAAGAGGGGUAGUUGAGAAUCACGUUGCACGGGUCAGGCAAGUGAUCAAGCUGCAUGGAUAUGAGACCCGCGAGCUGAUUGAUGACCUGAGAUCCAGUAGUGGGGGUGGUGGCAGCAAGCUGGGUGGUGAUACACAGACUCUGCUGAGGAUAUUGUGCCAUCGUACCGAUCCAGAGGCAUCCCAGUUCCUCAAGAAACAGUUCAGAAUACCCAAGUCAUUAAGUUGAAGAUAGCAAGUUGAGAAGAGGGUUGCUAUUUCCUUUUUUUGUUGUUUGUGUUUAAACUGGGAUCCUUUUCAGUUUAGUUAUCUGUGCAUAUUAUAUCUCAUUCUGUAAUAUUUCCCUUUGCUUCCUCACCUUCUCCCUUGUAAUAAUGUAUGUUAUGUAUAUUUCAGGAUGUUUCUUCAUUUUGUUGGCUUAUGCAUGUUCUAUUGAAAUUCCAGAAAACACUUAUUUUUAUUUUGAUAAGGACGAUAUAUGUUUGGUUUUUUAAUUAGUUGUGGGAGCCCUUCAUUAAGAAUUUAUAUUGACCAUUGGUUGAUGUCAAUUUCGAUCUGGCCCGUUGUACCCGACUUGUUUGGCCUGUUUUGGGUGGAUUCGACCUGUCUCGUAGAUGGGGUGGGGCAGCAUGGGUACUCUCAUCGAUUUGACCUGCCUUGACCUGCCCUAUUCUCAAUCCGUUCUUAUCUAAAUUACAUGUAAUCUUAGUCAAAUUACUUAGAAUUUUUCUUUUAUUACAUUACAUUUUAGCUACAAUAAAGUUGUAAAUUAGUUAAAACCUCAAUUUCUCGAAUAAUAUAACUACAUUUAUCAUAAUAUGAUUUGUUUUCUUGGUCUUAUAAUGAAAUGAACAAACACAUAAAUAGCAUGCCCAUUAGGUCGAUUUGCUCCGAUCUAGGACCCAUGUAAAUUACCUGACCUGCCAUAGGGUGGAUACAGGUAGUAUGAUACCCGCCCCGGACCUGCCCCAUUGCCAUGCUGGUGCAUAUGGGCGUCAGUAUAGUGCUUAUGACAAGCUCUAUAUAGAGAUGACAAUUUCGACAUGACCCGUUUUACCCGAUCUGUUUGGCCUGUUUUGGGGUGGGUCCGACCCGCCGGGUAGGCGGGGCGAGGCGGGCAUCGGUACUCUGAUCGACCCGACCUGCCCCGGCCCGCCCCAUUCUUGACCCGUUCUUGCCUAACUUACAUGUAAUUUUAGUAAAAUUACUUAGGAUUUUCCUUUUAUUACAUCAUAUUUUAGCUAUAAUAAAAUUGUGAAUUAGUG